AUGACCGCCGCCGCCCCAAGGUUCAUCUUCAUCCUCCGCCACAACCUCCGCCUCCUCCCUCCCUCUUUCUCUUCUCACUUCCGCCACCACCACCGCGCCAUCUUUUCUUCCAUUUCCUCUCCCUUUUCCUCACUCACUCAUUCUCAUUCUCCUUCUCCUUCACUCACUCCCAAACUCAAACUCAAACCCAAAGCCUCCCAACACUUUCACUCUCAACCUUCAUCUUCCCUCGGUGAAACCCACCCAUGGCCCGAAUUUUCCAGAUUUCUCGCACAUAUCUCCUCCGCCGGCUACACAUCCACUAUUCCUGCCGCCGAUUCCUUUCUUCCCCCUGCCGGAUUGUCGCGGGACGAGGUCAGUUCCUGCUUGGCUUUCGCUCGAGAUAGACCCAACCUUCUCAGGUUGCUUUCUAUGAGAGACGUUGCGAUUGUGGUUGAACAUGGCAACCCCUUUCUGUUUCCAGACUCUGAGGAUUCCGUUUCGAAGAUGAAGUCGUUUGUAUCCAACGGUGACUCCACUGCCUUGGACACUCAUAAAGCUAAUAUGGUUGAUCUAAUGAAAUUUCUGCUGAGUUAUGCAAGUAACUGCUCGGUCCCUUCAGAAAGCAACAGUCUCUAUAACAGAAAUCUUGUUGAACCCUCUGUCCGAAACCUAUUUGGUGAACUUUUCAAGCUGAGCUAUAGUGCACCUGGACCUAACUCUUUUGAUUCGGUGCAAAAUCAAAUUCCGGCUGGUAGACUUGGACGUACAAUGCCUCAUGGACAAAACAUUGAAAUGAAAAAGGGUGAUUGGAUUUGCACAAGGUGUAAUUUUAUGAAUUUUGCAAGAAAUAUUAAAUGUCUUGAAUGUGAGGAAGCAAGGCCAAAAAGACAACUGACUGGAGGAGAAUGGGAAUGUCCUCAGUGUGAUUUCCAUAAUUAUCGGAGGAAUGUAACUUGCUUACGGUGUGAUUGCAAGCGGCCUGGACAAAUACCUUUGGGUUCCACCAAUACCACGUCACAUCCAGGGUAUGGUAAUGGAAACAAUUCUAAUCCUUCAAAUAUUGAUGCUAGGUUAGCCGCUAAUGAAGAAAAGGCACAACGAUGGUUUAACAAGGUUUCUCAACUGGAUAACAAUUCUGAUAUUAACAGUGUGGUAGACGAUGAAGAUUUUCCGGAAAUAAUGCCCUUAAGGAAAGGUGUUAAUAGAUUUGUUGUAAGCACAAGGAAAACUCCAUUAGAGAGGAGGUUGACAAAUUCUCAAUACAAGAGAAACUUGGGAAAUAACGACACUCCUGGAAUUGAGGAUUUUAGAUCUGGGGAAUCAGUCAAGUCCAACAAUACUCUGGAUGAUAUUCUAGAUCGUUCAACUGGCCUUCAUCAAUCGGACUAUAAAAAUACUGGUGCUGAACAACAUUUUAGUAGAGAAAGGUCACCUUCAAUUGCUAGCAAUACUUCCCAUUUCAACGAUGUUAAAGGGAGCAACACUACUCCUCCUCCCCCCUUUCCAUCAUAUGCAAGUUCUGGUGACACUGACAGUACGCAACUUUCUAAUAAUUCUUCAAGUGAAAAUACCAUUAAGGAUAAGGAGAAAGAGCAAGCUGAAAAAUCUGAUAGAUGGUUUAGAAAGAUUGCGGAGCUGAAUGAUGUUCCAGAUAUAACAAGUGCAAUAUCCGAUGAUGAUUUCCCUGAAAUAAUGCCAAUGCGUAAAGGAGAAAACAGAUUUGUUGUUAGCAAGAAAAAAGACCGGUCCUUGACAACACCGGCAUAUAAGAGACGUUUGGCCAUGGAGCAAUCUGGCAAUACCAACUUCGUCCCUUUUGUACCCUUCCCACCAGAUUACUUUGCCAAAAAGGACAAGCCACAGGCAGAUGGAACAGACUCAACAGAUAGGUCUAAUGUUGAAUCAUCCUCAAUACCUGAACCGUCUGAGAUAUCGAGUGAUGCUAGAGCUAGACCUGAACAGAGGCCAGAACCUUCUUUUGAUCAGAGUUCAAAUAAUAAUAAUGUUAGCUCUAGCUAUGGGGCUACAAGCAGUGGAAAUUCAAACCAGGGUUCCAGUCAAGAUAGUGUGCCAAAUUUGACAGAGAAGUCAUCCGCAGGCUCGGCAUCUGAGAACCAGAGUGUUGGAACAGAAUGGACAGGGAAGACUUUAGAGGGGUCAGCGGUCAGAGAACCUGAUCCCUUGGACAUGUCAGAAGAGGCGAAGGCAGAGAGGUGGUUUCGUCGCGUUGCACAGAUAAAGGAUAUCUCAGAGCUCAGUCAGAUUCCAGACGAAGAUUUUCCUUCAAUAAUGCCUAUGCGUAAAGGGGUGAACAGAUUUGUUGUGAGUAAGAGGAAAACGCCAAUGGAAAGGAGAUUGACAUCUCAGCAGUACCGAAGAAAUCUUCCAGUUGUGAGCUCAGAUCCUGUUAAGAGAGAAAAUGAAGGUAGCUGA